CGCCUGCCUCGUUCUCCCAGCAUGCCUUCACUGAGUCAAAUAACCUCUGAAGAGACCAAGACCUUUACACGAGCUGAAAGCUUACCUGACAUGCUGUUAAAAACCAGCUUUGAGGAGUUUACACCUGAUAUAACUGCUGAUGAGACCGAUGAAAGCUACAGGUUCCAGUGCUCCUGGCCAGGCCGGUACCAGUGCAAUGUGACCGGCCUGGUGUUUCAAAUGGAGGGAGAAGGGGACGUGGUCUACAGGGUGGUACCUUGGAACAGGAGGCUGCUGGCCCAGCAUCACAAGAAGCCUGCAGGACCCCUGUUUGACAUCAAAUGUGUGCAGCAGUCGGUGUGUCAGCUUCAUCUCCCACACUGUGAGAUCCCCUUCACGGGGGGGCGGGAUUUCUUGUCAGUUGCUCAUGUGAUGGAGGAGGGCGUUGAGUUCAUCGGCCCUCAUAGGAUAACAGACACUCAUGUUAUUAUCAACAUCACUGGGUUUUCUGGUUUCGGUAAUGUCAAGGAUGAAGAUUCACCACCUGACCCGGUACGAGCGCUGGUCCUGCUGUUCUACAGGCCCCCAGCUGAUCCUGAUCCUAAAUCCCUCCUCAAUGUGCUGUUGCUGCCGAGGAACGUUGUUCUCCGGGAUGUCCUGCGCAUCCGGAAGAAGUUAGUUGGAGAUGAGAUCUACAUAGAGACAUCCCCACACUGUAAACUGCACCCACAGCAGGAAUACACUCUGUCCACUUGUCCUGAAGACGACUCAGUUCUAGUCCAACCAACAGAAGCAGAGUUUGACUCUGACAACUAUGACAACUUCUUCCCAGCAUUCCAGGUGAGAUUAAAAACAAUCCUCACAGAAAUUCAGCUGUUUUUGAGGGACACCAACAGCUCCCACAAUGUCUGGGAAACAGAGGUUACUCUUUCCUCCACUGGAGUAAGAAGGUCCUGUGGGCCGAGCGCUGGGAGUCUCCGUCCUGAUGACAGGCUGCUGGACAUCCGGAGCAGCUUCAUCGAUGGGAUAUCACGACCUGUUCUCAAGAGUCUGCUGGACCACCUGUUGGAGAAAAAGGUGCUGGCUGAUUCUGAGAGGGAGGCAGCGGACUCAGAGAAAAACACAAGAGACAAAGCUCGUUUUGUUGUGGACACAGUGAGGAAGAAAGGUGAAGCUGCUAGUUCAGAGAUGAUUGAGUUCCUCUGUGAGGCCGACCCGUUUCUCUGUGAACAUCUCGGGUUGAUCUGAAGCUAAAUGAACAGCUGAUGCAUUCAGUUUGAGGGUAUUUUCUGCAAGAGACCAUGAACACAAUCGCCCAGUUUCUUCAUUAAAGUGAAUUUGUCUCUGAUCAGAUGUUAAAAUCUAAGAGCUAA